AUGCGUACUUCCAUCCUUUCUACGCUUGCUUUCGCAAUUUUGACUGGCAAGUCUUUGGCUUUGCCCCGUGGUCAUCGCCAUCUUCAUCGUCGUGAUCCCGAGUACGUGACGGUGUACGAGACCAUGUACGAGACUGUCGUUACUACUGAAGACGCCGACAAUGCCGCGUAUACCGUCGAGGCUACCGUGUAUGCUGCUGCUGCCGAUGCUGCCGCUACGAACUCUCCUAGUUCCGACUCUGCUGUUACUACAACCUUCGUUACUGCCGCCGAGUCUAUUCCUACGGCCGAGUCCACCUCCGCCUAUUCGUCUUCCGACGUUCAACAGGAGGUUAGCUCCGAUCCCGCUACUAGCUCUGAUCCCGCUACUUCCACUCCCACCCCCACCCCUUCGAGCACUUUCGCUACAUCCACUACUUACAGCAGCGAGGACACUGCUUCCAGCUCCUCUGCUGCUCCCGCUGCCACUAGCUCGGCCGUGUCCUCCGGAUCUAGCUCCAAGCGUGGUUUGGCCUGGUUCCCUACCAACCCUUCCUCCUGGACAUCCGCCUUUGACGGUUACUCCUCCAUUUCUUGGUACUAUAACUGGAACCACUACACUUCUGGUUUGUCCAACGAGUUUGUUUCUACUCAACACGAUGCUGGAGAUGUUGCCUCUGCCUCCGAGCACUUCUCCAAUGGCGUUACUGUCAUUGGUUUCAACGAGCCUGAUCUUGGCAAUGCCAUGUCUGUCUCUGAUGCUGUUUCAUACUACAAGCAAUACUUGACUCCUCUUCGUCAAGCUGGUACUAUUGGUAAGCUUGGUUCUCCCGCCAUCAGUAACGUUGGUUUGGACUGGCUUUCUCAAUUCAUGUCCCAAUGCUCGGAUUGUGCCAUUGAUUUCGUUGCUGUUCACUGGUACGGUAUCGAUCUCUCUACUAUGGAAUCUAUGAUUUCCACCCUUGCAAGCUCCUACAGCCUCCCCGUCUGGUUGACUGAGUUUGCCUGCACCAACUGGGAUGUCAACAACCUCCCCUCUUACGACGAUGUCGUCGCCUUGAUGAAGGAGGCCGUUGCUUGGCUCGAGGCUGAGUCCUCUGUCGAGCGCUACAGUUGGUUCGCUCCUGCUGCCGACUUGGGCUAUGGUGUUGGUAACAACAACGCCUUGCUCGACUCUAACGGUGCUUUGACCGAGUUGGGUCAACUUUACGUGUCUUUGUAA